AUGGAAAAAUCUUCAGCCGCUGGAAGGAUUGAGAAAUCCGUAAUGGCCAAACCAGUAGGAAAUAGUAGCAAAUCAAAAAUGGAGCGAUCGAAAGCGGAAAAAUCAGUAAUAAAAUUACCAAAGAAAAGUCCGGACGGAUCGGAACCGUCAUCGAAUAUAUUUACUCGAACUGUAAAACGGUUUGUGAGUAAACCGAUAAAUGAAGAAAGCGUUUCGAGACUCGUCGAGAAGGUUAUUGAGAGAUCGAAAAGAGUUCCAGCGACGGCAGUUCGACUCGGAGAAGACAUAUUCCCAUCGGCGAAAAACAUGCUAGAAAUUCCCGUCGUCGAUUUAGAGAAAGAAGUGACGUGCGAGGAGGUGGGCGAACAGAAAACGGAUAUGCGACUCAGAGUUGCAAUCGAUCCAUAUGCCGAGCUUGGAGUUCUCCAAUCCCGCGAUAAAGCGUUUUUCGACAAGGACGUGAUAUUCGGCAACACGCUGAGAUCAAUGAUCAACACGACCGGCGGUAAAUCGAGCGCCGAACACGCUCUGAUUCGGCUCGUCGAUUUUCAGAAGGCUGCUCUCAAUCGAUAG